AUGUCAACGUUGGUGAAAGAGGAUAGGCAACAAGAACACUUAAGUAUGACUGCACGAUUAAAACAAUUAACAAGGCAAUAUGGCGCUUCCGCUAUAGCUGUCUACUUUAUCAUUUCCACUAUCGAUUUAGGACUGACAUUCAUUCUGAUUCAUUCUGGUGGAGUUGAACGAGUGAAAAUGAUUGAGGAAUGGUUCACUGAAAACUUUGGGGGCUGGAUUGUACUGAAGAAGAAGAUACAACACGAUCAACCCAAAAAUAAUGUCACCUGGCAUUUUCCUCCAUGGACUGGCACUUUUGUUAUCGCGUACGGCAUUCACAAAGUUUUAUUUCCUUUUAGGUUAGGCUUGACAGCUGCAUUAACUCCACCGUUAGUCAGAAAAUUGAGAAAGAUGGGAUGGAAUAUUGGAAGACCGAAUAAAAUCCAAUA